AUGUUUGUCAAGUUUAAAGAGUCCAUGAUGCAAGAGUUUGAUAUGAGUGAUCUCGGCAAGAUGAGGUACUUUCUUGGUGUGGAAGUAUUGCAAUGCACCGAAGGCAUCUAUAUUAGCCAAAAGAAGUUUGCAAAGGAGUUGCUUGAAAGGUUUGGCAUGGAUGGAUGCAGUUUAGUUCAUAAUCCGAUAGCUCCUGGUGUGAAGAUUGGAAAAGAUGAAAAUGGGGUUAGAGUGGAUGCUACGGUAUAUAAGCAGAUGGUGGGAAGCUUGAUGUAUUUAACCGUAACAAGACCAGACUUGAUGUUUGUUGUGUGUAUGGCUAGCAGGUUCAUGGCAAAUCCCACAGAGCUUCAUUUUCAGAUUGUUAAGAGAGUGUUAAGGUAUGUAGGAGGAACUGUGGAGCUGGGAAUCUUUUACAAGAGGAGAGGAGAUGAGAUGUUGCAAGCUUAUACCGACAGCGACUAUGCCAGAGAUAUGAGUGAUAGGAAGAGCACGUCGGGGUAUGUUUUCUCUUUAAGUGGAGGAGUUGUGUCUUGGAUGUCGAAGAAACAACCUAUUGUUACUUUGUCAACCACCGAGGCGGAGUAUGUUAGCUGCCUCUUAUGCCACACAAGGUAUUUGGAUGCAAAGAGUGUUGGAGAAGUUGGGACUCACACAAAACAGCAGUGUUACCAUUAA